UCAAUUCAAACCAUGGCUGAGAAAGAGGGAGGCAUUGUCAAGAAGGGCCACGAGGAGGGCAUUGAGCUGGCCCUCUCCCUCCUCCAAGAGUUCGGCCUCCCGCUGGGCCUCCUCCCUCUCGCGGACGUGGUCGAGGUGGGCUUCGUGAGGAGCACCGGCUACAUGUGGAUCGUCCAGAAGAAGGAGGUGGAGCACAGCUUCAAGCUGGCGAGCAAGCUCGUGAGUUACGACACCGAGAUAAAUGGCUACGUCGAGAAGCACCGCAUCAAGAAGCUCAAGGGGGUGAAGGCCAAGGAGCUCCUGCUCUGGCCUCCUGUAAGUGAGAUCACCGUCGACGACCCACCCACCGGGAAGAUCCACUUCAAGAGCUUUGCUGGGGUCACCAAGACCUUCCCGGUUGAGGCCUUCGCCGCCGGGCAGUAGGGACGUACGUACUCUUGGCAUUCAAUGAGUGAUGGAGCGUGGUCGAUUAUAUGUUUAUCUGCUUGGUUUGCUACUGUUGUUUGGCUUGCUUUCGUCCUAGUUUAUAUAAUAUUUAAGUUGUGUAGUUGCUCUAAAAGAAAUGAUGUACGCCUUUGUUGACGAUGGCAUUGUGGUUUUGUGCCGUGGAUGGUUUUGGCCGGCUUGGCUUUCUUAUGGCGCUAGUCUAGUCUUCAAUUUGCUUUUCCAACAAGCAAGAACUAUACUUGUUAUUAUUAUCAUCUUGUGACUGGUGGUUU